AUGGGAUUACUUCGGGUUCGUCGUACUGAGGGACCAGAAGGGGAAAGAGUUAGGGUAUCUAGAGAAGAACCGAAUGAGCAACAUAAUCAAAGCGAUGAGGAAGGUGAUAAUGAGGCUGAUCAGAAUGGUAUUGGUGUCGAAGAGGAAGUUGUCGAGGAUUUAAGCACCCACUUUGGAGAUGAUGCACGAAACGAGGGUGAUGUGAGUGAUGGAGACAGUGGUGAUGAUAUUUGGGAUGAUGAUAAAAUCCCAGACCCAUUGUCAUCUGAUGACGAUAAAGAAGAGUACGAGCGUAGAGAAGAGGCUGCAAAUACACUUGGUUGUGAAGAACUUCUGUAUUUGGGAAAAACGUACGGAUGUGCGUCUGAUUUUAAAGUGGCUUUGCUUAGGUAUUCUCUUCGAUCAAGGUAUGAUAUCAGGCUUUAUAAGUCUUGUGCUAAGGCCCUUGGUGCAAAAUGCUCUGAUGUAGAGUCUAAGUGUCCUUGGAGAAUUUAUUGUUCAUAUGAAAGAAGAAGACAUAAGAUGCAAGUGAAGGUAUUUGUGAAUGAGCAUUGUUGCAUUAGGUCAGGUUACUCGAAGAUGUUGAAGACUUCUUCUAUUGCCAUGCUCUUUGAGGAAAGGCUAAGAAUAGAUCCUAAGUUUACUAGGACAGAGAUGGCAAAUGAGAUUAAGAGAGAAUAUAAUCUCACUGUCACUGAGGAACAGUGUGGAAAAGCAAAGUCUAAGAUUUAUAGAGAAAGGAAGGCUAGCCAUGAAGCUCACUUUUCUCGGAUUUGGGAUUACCAAGCUGAGGUCCUAAAAUCUAAUCCAUACUCUACUAUGAAGAUAGAGACUGUUCCAGGGCCUGUGGUACAGAGCAAGCAGAGAUUUGAUCGCCUUUACAUGUGUUUUACAGCUCAAAGAGAGACAUGGAUUGGGACUUGUAGGCCCAUCAUUGGUUUAGAUGGAGCAUUUCUCAAAUGGGAUAUAAAAGGACACUUAUUGGCUGCUGUUGGAAGAGAUGGUGACAAUAGAAUAGUUCCAAUUGCUUGGGCUGUAGUAGAAGUGGAGAAUAACAUAAACUGGGAGUGGUUUGUGAGAUUGUUGAAGGAAGAUUUGGGACUACAAGAUGGCUCUAAAUUCACCAUUAUUUCAGACAAGCAGAAGGGUUUGGUGAAUGCUGUGAAAAAUGAACUACCAGAAGCAGAACAUCGAAUGUGUGCAAGACACAUAUUGUCAAACUGGAAACGAGACAGCAAGGAUCCUGAGUUAGAGCGUAUGUUUUGGAAAAUAGCUGCUUGCUACACCGUAGGAGAGUUUGAAGAAGCUUUAGAGGUACUGAAGAAAUAUAACAAAGGUGCGUUUGAUACUCUUCAACUACAGAACCCGAGAACAUGGAGCAGAGCAUUCUUUAGAGUUGGAUCUUUUUGCAAUGAUAACCUCAACAACCUCUGUGAGUCUUUCAAUAAAACCAUUAGGGAAGCAAGGAAAAAACCAUUACUUGAAAUGCUAGAGGAUAUUAGGAGGCAAAGUAUGGUUCGUCAUGCAAAGAGAUCUAUUCUUGCUAAUAGGUUGAAGACACACUUUACUAAGAAGGUACACGCUGAGAUUGAACUCGACAAAGAGAAGGCUAAAGAAUGUAGAAGGCACCUUGCUUGUGGAAAUAUGCAUGAAGUUGAUGACCAUUCU